UCGGCGGCAUGGCGCGGGAUCCCGGCCCCGCGGGCGCGCGGCGGGCGCUCGGCCGCCUGGUGGAGGCUGUGCUGGCGAGCCGCGGCGAGGCCAACGGCGUGUUCGACAUCCUGGCGGUGUUGCAGGCCCAGGACGGCGAGGAGGUGCAGGAAGCAGUCCGCGCGUGCAGCCGCCUGUUCGGGGCCCUGCUGGAGCGGGGAGAGCUGUUCGUGGGCCAGCUGCCCCCGGAGGACGUGGUCCUGGCAGGGUCCCAGGGAGCCACUCGCAAGUACAAGGUGUGGAUGAGGCACCGCUACCAGAGCUGCUGCAACCGCCUGCUGGAGCUCCUGGCCCACCAUUCCUUUCAGGUCAAGGAACUGGCCCUCGAGACACUCAUGAAGUUUGUGCAGCUGGAAGGAGCGCACCCCCUGGAGAAGCCCAAGUGGGAGGACAACUACCUGUUCCCCCGGGAGCUCUUCAAGUCGGUGGUGAGAGGCCUGCUUUCGCCCGAGGACGACAGCAGCCUGCUGCUCUCCCACUUCCGAGAGUACCUUGAGUACGACGACAUCCGGUACCACACGAUGCAGGCCGCCACCGACACUGUGGCCCGCGUGACCGACCAGCACCUGGAGGUGUCCCCCACCUUCUGGAACAACACCUUCUCGCUGCUGUCAGCUGUGAGCCUGCCCCCUCGGGAGCCUGAUGUGUGCAACUUCUACGUGAAGCGCGCGGCAGAGCCGUCGGACAAGUGGAAAGUGGCUCAUCUGAAGGAGCACAGGAAGGCGUUCCAGGCCAUGUGGCUCGGCUUCCUCAAGCACAAGCUGCCCCUCGGCCUCUACAAGAAGGUGCUGGUGAUCAUGCACGACUCCAUCCUGCCCCACCUGGCCCAGCCCACCCUCAUGAUCGACUUCCUCACCAGCGCCUACGACGUCGGGGGCGCCGUCAGUCUCUUGGCCUUGAACGGGCUUUUCAUCCUGAUUCACAAGCACAACCUGGAAUACCCCGACUUCUACCGGAAGCUCUAUGGCCUCCUGGAGCCCUCCAUCUUCCACGUCAAGUACCGGGCUCGCUUCUUCCACCUGGUCGACCUCUUCCUGUCCUCCUCCCACCUUCCAGCCUACCUGGUGGCUGCCUUCGCCAAGCGCCUGUCCCACCUGGCGCUGACCGCACCCCCCGAGGCCUUGCUCAUGGUGCUGCCCUUCAUCUGCAACCUGCUGCGCCGACACCCGGCCUGCCGCGUCCUCGUGCAUCGGCCCAGCGGCCCUGAGCUGGAUGCUGACCCCUACGACCCCACCGAGGCGGACCCAGCCAAGAGCCGAGCCCUGGAGAGCUCUCUGUGGGAGCUGCAGACCCUCCAGCAGCACUACCACCCUGAGGUGUCCAGAGCCGCCAGCGCCAUCAACCAGGCACUGUCUGUCCCCGAGGUCAGCAUCGCGCCGCUCCUGGAGCUCACUGCAUAUGAGAUCUUCGAGCGGGACCUGAAGAAGAAGAGGCCUGAGCCGGUGCCGCUGGAGUUCAUCCCGCCUCAGGGCCUGCUGGGCCGGCGCGACAGCCUCUGCACACAGCUCUUCACGCUCAGCUGACCCUGCUCGCCCUGCCACCCCAGCAAACGCUUCUGCAGCUCUCUGCUAUGGCCUGGGAAAGCAGCAGAGGGAGGCCCAAGUGCUUGGGCCCCUGCACCCUCGUGGGAGACCCGGAAGAAGCUCCUGGCUCCUGUUUCUGCCCGGCUGUUGCAGUCAUCUGGAAGUGAACCAGCGGAUGGAAGACCUCUCUCUGUGUCUCUACCUCUCUUUCUAACUCUGCCUUUCAGAUAAGUAAAAUAAAUGCUUUUUAAAAAAUGGAACUGGGCAGUCAGGCAGAGUGGAAGGCACACGGGAGGGUUGGCUCUGUGUCUUCUGCGGCAGGCUUCUCCUGACUGUCUGAGAUGGGCGCAGCAGCUCGCAGUGCUAAGAGCACUAAGGACUGGUAGGAUGCAAGUUUCCCCUUGUUAUAAAUGCCUCCCCCCCCUUCACUUCUGGGCCCAGAGUUUGUGGCUGGGGUCCCCAGGAGUACCAGUCACCAGGAGCCUGGAGUUCAGGUUGGGGAUCCCCAGCUUGGGGCAUCCCUAUGGUGCGGGAUGGCCACCCGUGUGGCCAGCGCUGGGCCCCGU